AUGAACACUCCCACUGAAGCGUGGACUCUUAGAAUCAACUUAAAGUUGAGCAGUGGCAUGUCUCUGUUCAAAGCCCGCGAUUGGUGGUCAUCAAUUCUGGGCGAAGGGGAAGAGUUCGACCAAGGAUGUUUGUGUGUUGGCGAUGUGGACAACAGCGGGACUGGACAUGAUAAGGUGGUGGUGGGCAGCUACAUGGGGAUGCUGCGGAUCUUCUCUCCUCAAGCCAACAAACCUGUGGAAGGAGCCCAGGCUCUGGCUGAGUCUCAGCUGUUGGAAGUAAACCUCCACAAUGCCAUCAUCCAAGUGGAACUGGGAAAAUUUGUCUCGUGCUCAGAUCUCCUUCACCUGGCUGUUCUUCACCCCAGGAAGCUGUCGGUGUAUUCCGUGUCGGGAACAACAGGAAACGUGGAUCAUGGAGAUCAAUACCAGCAGAAGCUUGUGUACGAGCACAAUCUGCAGCGGACGGCUUGUAACAUGGCGUACGGCACGUUUGGCGGCGUCACAGGACAUCACUCUCUGUGUAUCCAGUCCAUGGAUGGGAUGCUAAUGUUCUUCGAGCAGGACAGCUACAGUUUUGGCCGGUUCCUCCCUGGGUUUCUGCUGCCAGGCCCCUUGGUCUACAACCCCAGGACAGACAGCUUCCUCACGGUGUCGUCUGCCCGCCAGCUGGAGAGCUACAGGUAUGAAACUCUGGCUACAGCCACAGAAGCAGAGAACAGACAAGAGCUUCCUCUGAAAGGUGGAGGGAAGAGGCUGACGCCUGACUGGACGUUGGUUUUGGGAGAACAGACCUUGGAGCUGUCUGUGCCCUCCUUCUCGCACUCCUCCUCGUCCAUCUUCGUCCUGGGAGAGAGAAACCUGUACUGCCUCCGAGACAACGGUCAGAUCCGCUUCAUGAAGAAACUGGAAUACAACCCCAGCUGCUUUCUCCCUUAUGCAUCGUUGACGGAUGGCACAACGAACCUGUUGCUAGGGAACCACACCAACAUGCUGCUGGUGUACCAGGACGUCACUCUGAAGUGGGCUUCGCAGUUACCAUUCGUGCCCGUUGCUGUCCGCGUCGCCAGCUUCCCGGAUCUGAAAGGUGUUGUGGUGUCCUUGAGUUCAGAAGGACUCCUCUUGUGCUCCUACAUGGGCACAGACCCCUCGUUCUACUCAACGCCCAAAGUCGAAUCCCGCGAUGUGGACUACGAGAAGCUGGACGCCGAACUGAAGAGGCUGCAGAAGUACAUCAGGGAAGCCUCCAGGACCCAAGAUAUCCUACCAAAAGGGGACACUCAGGAAGACCUCACUGUGACAGCUGUUAUAUCAAAGAAUAUGGACAACCCAUCACAAGCUCAUAUCCAAGAUAUUGAUGGGUUACCGGUGCCCUCAGUAACUGUACAGCUGAAACUGAAGUCCAAUAGUGUGGUACAGGGUCCCAGACUGACUGUGACCGUGCAACCUCCUCUGACCGUCACUCAGAACCACUUUGUCCUGGACACCAUGGGUGUGGGUUCGUCGACUGCCGUUUCCUUUUCUGCGUUCCUUAAUGGCCACUAUCCACCUGCCGACCUCACAGGAGACAUCACUAUCUCCUACACUGCACCAACAGAAAUUAAUCCAAAGGGGGUUCCCAGAGUUCUUCAGAGCAGAUUCAGUCUUCCAUUGGUGCUAGUGUGCGCUUCUUCGACUCCGGCCAAAAGCACCAAGUUUAAGAUCACGAUAGACACCAACCAGCCUCCUGUUGACCUCCAAACCAUGUUCCCAGAAUUUUCACCCAAGUCAGAAGAAAAGGACGGGAACAGUUUAUCUUUCCAGUUCUUGUCGGGACAAAAGGUUUCUCUGGUCGCCUCCAAAUCCUCACAACGGUACCGUAUUCAGAGCGACAGUUUCGAAGACAUGUGGUUGAUCGCCAAGGAGCUCGUCCAAAGGUGCGACCGCCAUUUUGCCAAACACGGCGUCAAAGACUUCCGGAAGAGUUUCAGCGGCCCCAUCCCACUGCAGGAUUACUUCCUGGCGGUUGAACAACACUUCCAGCUGCGUGUCAGUGCAAAACAGUACCAGGAUCUGCUGUCGGAGCGGGCCGUUCAGUUCAGAGCCAUCCAAAGACGUCUUCUAACCCGCUUCAAGGACAAGACUCCAGCGCCGCUGCAGAACCUGGACACACUCCUCGAUGCCACCUAUAAUCAGAUGAUGUCGUUGGCUGAGGCUGCAGAGGAGAUCCAGACCCAGUUGGACCAGGCCUUUGCUCGUCUGAGGAGCGGCACUCACCUCCUCGUGCUGCUGCUGUCUCUGUGGCAAGGCCUUCCCCCCGACCAGAUCUCCCUGCUGGAGGCCUCCCUGCUGCCUCUGCUGCAGGACACCGCACAGCUGGGCUGGGAGGAGAGCUGUGAUGCGGCCGUGACCCACCUCCUCCGGACCUGUCUGUCUCGGAGCCCCAAAGAGCAGGCCAUCUCUCUGGCCCAGACCGCGGACACGGUGCUGGAGCUGCCCAAAGACACCGCCCGCCUGAAGAAGCACAUCACCCUGCUCUGCGACCGCAUCGGGAAAGGAGGCCGCCUGUCCCUGUGCUCCGAGGCCAACGUGCAGCUGCCAGCACAGAUACAGAACCUGGCAGCUCCUGGGGGAGUUGAACCCUCAGCAGACGCCCCAGGUGGCGAGCCGUUACCUCUGCAACAAGACGCAGCAACGUUCAUUAAGAAGAAACAGCCAUCGAAGAAAGUCAAGAAAGGCGAGUACGCAGGCUUUGCCGUAAUAUGA